AUGGAUGAAGUUUGUUCCACUCAACCUACUGACUUUAUAAAUAAUGAUGUAAUCAGUAAACCAAUGGAUAAGGUUCCUGUUUUAAGUGUUUAUGCAUCUGAAAAGAAAAUUAUGGAAUAUCCACUUGUGAAAAAGUAUGUAACUAUUGGGCGAGAUCCGAAGUGUGAUAUAUGCAUUAAAUCUUCAUUACUUUCAAGAGAACAUGCAAUAUUUGAAUUAGAUGAAAAUUAUAUUUGUACUAUAACAGAUCUUGGUUCACUAAAUGGUACAAAACGUAAUGAUUUACAUUUGAAACCUAAAAUAAAUUAUGAAUUAAGAGAUGGUGAUUGUUUGUAUUUUGGUGGGAUUUAUUGCACUUUGAAUUUUUGUCUUUCUUCAUCUACAUCAUCGUUAUGUCUUCUUAAUCAACUUCAUGAAGAUUCAAAGUCACUUGAACUAUCUUUACAGAAAACUAAUCAGGAUACAUCUUGUCAGCUUCAUUAUUCCCAGACAGAAAAUCAAUUAUCUGUUCAGUCGAAUUUUUCAACCAAACAGAAUGAUAAUGAUGAUAAUAACGAUGACAGUGAUUGUUCAGUUUUUAGUGAACGUCUUUUAGCUGAAAUUGUUGUAAAUACUGGUGAAGUUUCACAAGAUUUAUUGCCAAAUCCCAAUCGCUUCAUUGAUAGUUAUUCACCUUCUUUAUCGAGCAGUACAGAUUCAGAUGUUAAAAAAACUGAACUUUUAAAAAAUGAAGAUGAUAUUAAUCUGUUACAACAUGAAAUGCACGAAAGUUCAUCAUCAGUUAAAAAUUAUUCAUCAACCACAGAAUCUGUCAGGAAAUCUAAAGGUUAUAUCAUUGAUGCUACUCCAUUGGAAUUGUUGACUAAAUCGAUUAAAAAUCAUCUUUCAUCUAGUGAUGUUGUUUCUGCUACUCCUAUGAUCCUAACAAACGAAACAGCUUCAACUCCUUUAACAUACAAUCGAGCAAAUGUCUUACUUGCACGAGACUCUGAUCCAGGUUGUAUUGUUCAAUCAAUGGAUAAUCAUUUUGGAUUGACUAUUCGUUCGUCUACUUGUUUGUCUGCUGAAGAGUCAGUAUUUACUAUUGAGGAGAGUGAUCUAGUGACAAGCAAUGCAACUAAAAGCAUAUAUGAAACCAGUGGUACUGGAAAAAAUGAACUAAUUCUAAACAGGUCAUCUGUUGAUUUAAAUAAUAAUAAUAAUGAGUUCACUUCAAAUUCCGAUCGUCAAUCUACAGUUCAACAUGUGAAUGAAUCAGUAAUAAGUAAUGAUUCUUUGCAAAUUGUAGUUGAUGAUAAUUACGGUUCAAGAAAAUCACGAAUAUUCAAUGGUAUUUGUCCAGAAAAAGAAGAAAAUAUACAGGUGGAAUCAACUAACUCGUGUACAGCAACAACUCCUACUACUACAAUUAUCAAUAAUAAGAACGAACAUUGUGGCUUGAUCACUGUUAACGAUCAUGAUAUUGUUUGUGAUAAUAUUACAGUAACAUUACAGCCCUUAGAAAAUCUUCAAAUUUUUCAUUAUGGCAUACAAAAUCAAGAUGAUCAAUUUCUUAAUAACAGUAGUAUAUCUAAUAAAGAUCAAAAUAUUCACAAUGAUUCACCUUUUAAAACUAAUGAACAUAAUUCUUCAGAGAAGAAGGCUGAUAUCGUUUUAUCUCAAGAAUGGGGAUCGGAUAUAAUUCAUACUGAGAUUUUGUCUGAAAAAGUUCAAUAUAACAAUCUUAUUAAUAAUAAUAUUAGGAAGAAAAACACUAAAUCCAGUCUUUUUACUUCAUCAAAACGUAAUAUACGGGGCACAGAUUAUAAAACAAAUACUAUUACAAAACAAAAACGGUGUAAUUCGAAGUCUAAAAAUCAGCUAAGUAUGGAGCAAUCUGUUGAAAGUCCUUUACACACUGAACAACAACGAUUAACUGUCUCAGAACUGGCAAAAACUGAUAUACCCCAGUCAAUACCUUCAUCUAAGUGUGAUGUUACUAGUGAGCGAUCUCAAUUAACACCUGAUGAUAAUGAUUGUAAACUUCGUCGUUACAUUGAACAAUGUUCAUUAUUUCGUUCCACUAGAUCAAUCCGAAAUCGACCCACUGAACGUGUCACCAAUUGUACUUUACCAGGUUCUUUAGGUACUGUAAAGUUUCGUAGUCGAAAAAACAAACAAAAGUUCACAUCAGUUAUUUCAUCAAUUCAUUUAGAUAGUCCUAAUUCAGAUUCGGAACUACAAGAUUGGAAGUGUUCAUGGUCUCUUAUACAUCAUGAUAAUGAUGUCAAUUGUAAUACUAAAAAAGUUACUAAUCAAUCAAGUUAUAAUCGACCUCGUGCACCACAUAUUCCUAGUCCAUUACAUUUAUCAGGAAGUAUUUUAAGCGAAGAACCUUCUCAAUUAUUUGAUGAAAAAUUAGAACAAAUGAAAAAUGAAUCAAAUAUUUCUCCAUCGAAAACAAAUAAUUCAGCAAUCAAAACUAUCAACAACAAUAUCCAUAAAAAUAAAUCAUGUAUUUUAGAAUCUGCUGUCAAAUUAGCUGGUUUUGAUGAAUCACCGGAGAAUGAUCCUCUAGUGAAGAAUACAUUAAAUAUUGGUGAACGCCUAUCUCUACCAUCAUUUUCUGAUCUUACACCUAAUUCAUUUAAUGCUAAAAUUUGUAUCGAAGCAAAAAGCAAUAAUGAACAACAACAGUUUAGUCCACUAUUUCCUACUUCUACUUUACCAAUAACAUCGUUGUCUGAUGAAUGUACAUCAUCACCUGUUUUAAUGAAACCUAAAAGAAACCUGAGAAAUUCAUGUACAACUAGAAAAAAAGCAUUCACAUCGCUUACUACUAGUUCAGCUACCAAUAAUAGUGCUGAUAAUGAUAGUAAGGAUUGCCUGGUACACAAAAAUUCUAAUAAUAAUAAUAAUAAUAAGGUAGGCAGAACUAGGAAAACAUUAUCAUCUAUACCCAAAGAAAAUAAUCUAUCAUUGCCGACAGAUAAAACAAUUAAACAGAAUUCGAGGAAGUCAAAAUUUGAAGUGAAUAAUAACUCUCUUGAAAUGCCUAUUCGACGAUCUACACGACUUAUUGUACAGUCUGAUAGAAAUUGUAUUAAAGCUCCCCUUCCUGUUACUUCAACAUUGCAGCAGCAUAUGCCACCUAUUGUGAGUAUUCCAGAAGAUAAGUGUACUAGUAAUAGUAGAAGGACUAGGAGUAGUGCUUUAAUCAAUUUAAAUCCAGAAAGUACCGCAGAAAAUCAACGAAAAAGACGGAUGACAACAUCUACAAAUGAACCGAAAGAAGAAAUUCUUAAAAUAUCAAAUACUGAUUUCAAUAAUACUUCCUCAACAUCUACUGGAUCAUCAAGAACCAACACUACUAGUCCCAUUCAAUUAGUAUUCAGUGGUGUUGAAUCUUCAAGUUAUUCAAACAUUCUAAAAAAACUGAAUGCAUUUGAAACAGAAGAUCCUACACUUGCUGACUAUUUAAUUACUGAUCAAAUUAAACGUACCUUAAAAGUAUUAUAUGCAAGAGCACGGGGUAUACCAAUUAUUUCAGUGGAAUGGUUAAAAGCAUGUAAACAAUCUCGUAAAGCUUCAAAUCCAGAUCCACUUAAUUUUAAAUUACAUUAUUAUAAUAGACAGUCUACGCAUACUAAAGUUUCAAGUGAACAGUCUACACGAUGUCAUUCUUCAUUUGUAAUGAAAUUAUCUAGAAAUGAACAAAUAAACCAAUUUGAAGAAACAAAUGGAUUCUUAUGUGGUUGGUCUUUUUGUUCAACUCCAAAUGUUUUACCAUCUUCUAUGGAUUUACAAAAACUUACAGAGUUUGCUGGUGGUUAUUGGAUGUCUGAUGAAGAUUUAUGUAAUGCUAUGAAGAAUUUGGAUGAUAUACCUAUUAAAUCAGUUAUUAUCACAACUAAAGAAGAAUAUCAUUCUAUGUUAUUGUUGAAUUCGAAAUCAUCUUGUAAAAUUUCCCGACUUUCAAGAAAUUCAAAAGAAUGCAAACAAACCACUCCAAUUUUACGCGCUUUAUCUUCAUUACUUACAGUAUCUACUGAUUGGUUCUUACAGACUAUUAUGAAUCGUAAACCUCCAAAUUGGCCUAUUGAUUCACAAUUUAAGAUACAAUGA